CAAACUCAAGGUGACUCGGUACUAUGGUCGAACCCAAAUUGCAAUGAACCGGUUCCCCGUACUUAGUAAAUCGUGCUAUGGAUCUCUCAUGGACACAUUAAGGUUCACUUCAGCCGCUCCUCUCUCUCUCUCUCCCUCUCUAUUGAUGGAUUGUUGCCCUUCCGUCGCUGCUGGGAAUUCCCUGGUUGAAACCAAUAGAUUGGCACUUAUCGAUGCUUCCAGACCCCGAUAAUUCGGAAAAUAAGCGAAACUUGUCAAGUGAGUGUCCUUCGGGCAAUUUUCUAAGGUUUUAGUCCAUGGGCCCGUGAGCCGGGGAAGCAUGUAGGAGCGCAAGCACAUAUGCCAUCUAUGGACAUAGACUCAGCGAGAGUUUACGAGUGAGUUCGUGCCUGGCGGCCACUGCGUGCGAGCGAUUUCUGAUCGAG